AUGCCGCCCGCGCCGCCCGCGCCAUCCUCGAUCCCGGAUAACCGUCUCGGCCUGUCCCCAGACGAGGUCCAAAUCCUCCGACGCCAUCAACAAAUUGCGCUUUCACAAGCUGGAGCGGGGCGAGGUCGCGCAUCGUCGACAUCGUCGUCGCGCGCAACAACCAGUAACGCGUCCAGCGGCGGAGGCGGGAGAUUGCUUUUAGACCCAGGCAGUCUCAGCGUGCUCGCGGCGCAUUUUGAUCGACUCAUGGCUGCGAUUCAAGCAAGAGUGCAAAUGUUAACAGCCCAAACACAAAUCGCCACACAAGCGCAAUACGGCCGCGCAUCGAAUGCCAUGGCCCACGCGGACGCCGAAAUCGCGCGGUUCCGCGAUAUCCUCCGCCAGAUUGACGAGCUCGAGGUCGAGUUCGAUAAAGUGCGACAUAUCCGCGACAUUGUCAAGGGGUUUCGCUCCCGAGUCGAGGCGCUGGAUAGGAGAGUCGGCAGGUAA